AUGGGUCUGGGUUGUGUUCUAAUGCAAGACGGUAAGGUAGUUGCUUAUGCGUCUCAACAGCUCAAGACUCAUAAGGCUAACUAUCCGACACAGGAUUUGGAGUUGGCAGCAAUUGUCUUCGCUCUGAAAAUCUGGAGGGAUUACCUGUGCGGUGAGAGCCGUAGGGCUAUGACCGAUCUGAGAGUGAUAUUCGCUCGACCUAGUCUCUUCGAUAAUGGGAGUCUGUUGGCAGAACUUCAUGUCAGACUGACACAGAUUGAUCAGAUCAGAGAUAAACAGAUGGAGGAUAAGUAUCUGGAGUUGCGUUUCCGUCAGGUUGAGAAUGGUACUACAAUGGAAUUUAGGAUUAAUAAGGAUAGGGUAUUGUGUUUCCACGAUCGGAUUUGUGUACCGAAUGAUGAGGACUUGAGACAGUCGAUUCUGAGGGAGGCGCAUAGUAGCCCUUAUACUAUGCAUCCUAGCGGAAAUAAAAUGUACCGAGAUCUGCAAGAUGUAUACUGGUGGCCAGGGUUGAAGCGUGAGGUUACUGACUUCGUUGCUCGCAGUUUGACUUGUCAGCAGGUUAAGGCUAAGCAUUAG